AGCAUUAAAGCACCAACCUCAACUACUUCGUUUAAUCAAAAUAAAAACAAGAUAAAAAUUCAUAGAAAUGGCUUUCAAAUUCGUUGUACUCUCAGCACUUUUGGCUGUUGCCAGCGCCGGUGUAUUGCAGCCCGUCACCUACGCUCAUGUCGCUAAUCCCGCGGUAGAUGCCGUUGCCUCCAGCCACCAGAACGUGGUUCGCACCUUCGAUGGCACUGUAUCACAGUACUCGAAAACCAUUGAAACUCCUUACUCCAGCGUACACAAAUCGGACAGCCGCGUCAGCAAUAAUGUAUACACACCAGCCAUUGCCAAAACUGUUGCCUAUGCUGCACCAGCUCCAACUGCUCUCUACACACAUUCCGUUCCAACUGUUGCCAAGCCUGUUGCCUACGCUGCUCCAGCUGUUGCCAAGACCGUAACAUAUGCUGCUCCAGCUCCUGUGUAUCAUCAUGAAGUGCCUGUUGCCAAAGCUGUAUCCUACGCUGCCCCAGCUGUGGCCAAGACUGUGUCUUAUGCUGCUCCCGCUCCAGUUUACCAUCAUGCAGCUCCCGUGGCAGUGCAUUACUCCCCAGCUGAGACUGCCUCACACAUGAGCUUUGAUGGUUUCGGCACCCACUGGGGUUGGUAGACAGUUUCGAUAGACACUGAAUGAA